AUGGAUUUCAUUAGGGGUGCUGGCAUUGUUCUGUUUUACCUUCUUAGCCUCCCACCGUUCAGUGCUGAAAAUCAGAAGCUGCAAGGUGGUCAUUUUGAUCGACUUUUCAACAGUAUUAGAGAUACUUGGCUAAGUGCAUCUGGAAAAGGAAAUACAUCAGAUGUGAAAAAACUAAUUCCUGAAUUCUUCUACAUGCCCGAAUUUCUAGAAAACAGAUUUAAUUUUGAUUUAGGAGAAAAGGUGGGUGAUGUAUUUUUACCUCCUUGGGCUAGAGGAAGUGUUCGUCAAUUCAUCCGCAAACACAGAGAAGCUUUGGAGUGUGAUUAUGCUGCAGAAAAAGCUGUAAAUGUUUUCUAUCAUUACACUUAUGAGGGGAAUGUGGAUGUCGAUGCAGUGACGGAUCCUGCGAUGAAAGCUUCCGUAAUAGCUCAGAUUAAUCAUUUUGGACAAACGUCAAAGCAACUAUUCUAG